CCCUGCUUUCUGACCCUUCACGGUACGUCGUGUCACAAGUCAAUCAUUUCAAGUCUGUUGUUGGUCGUGCCCUUUCCUCUUUCAUCGAACUCGACGAUUACCCAACAACUUGCCUGUUGCAACACGUGAAUAUGACAUGCCCAUCUCGGUCGCGACUCCCAAGAGACAUGAUACCUGGACUUUCCGGACGCGCAGCAGUGUCGAAGUACUCCUUGGCAUUGAGGCAGUUCGACCGCACCAGAAGCCUGAGGGGAAGUUUAGCGGCACAUCUUUUGAAGAAUCAUGCAGUGGAGUUGCUGGUUCUAUGGUGCUGGCAGAGCUCGCUGUGACUGGCCGAGCCACAGCGCCCCAGCUGAGGAUGGCCCCCAGCCACUACAAUCAGCCCCCUUUUGGCGACCCCUCCAGGCGUCGUCAGCCCGUGCAUCGCCCCUCGUGGUCACUCCUCCCACCUAAAGACUGCCCUGGUGGCACCUGCGAGUCAAUUGCAACCCACUGCACGGGGCGUCCACGGGCGCCCCCAAUCAAUAAUUUUUGACUCAGGGAUCACCGCCGGCUGCCUCCCUCCGAGUCCUCCGCUGCCAGUUGCUGCCCUUCACUAUCACCUGCACUAACGAAAACUGGCUUUGUUCCCGCCGUUCCCUUCCCUUCGCCUCUGGGUUUUGCCGAAGGCUGCCAGUGCGGGCCUCUCAAUCAUCCGUCCGCCUCUGCCUCUUCCCCGGCCCAAAACAACACCAAACCCUUUUCUCUUUCUUCUGCCCCCGACCUUCCACUCCCACCAGCCGGCCAUACAGAAAGAGGUUACUUCCUCUGUCUUCCAAACCCACUCCUAUCCCAUUGCAGUCUGACUGUUGCACAUCCUUUUCAUCCACAAAAGCUUGAUCUGGAUCCAUUGACGAUUUGUCAAGCCCCGGAUUUCCUUUUGCGCAAUCCACCCUGCGACUGCGCGCGUGCGCUCGCCCAACUACCCUCGUUUCGCGUAUGUGAUUGUGACCUGCUCUUCACGCGUCCCACCUCGAAUAAUGUCGACUCUCUGUGAAUUCCAUCCUUGAGCAAACCAGGCGUGUCGCAUACUGUUGUCAUUCACUGCUUCAGUAGGCCGACCAUUCACUGACCGUCACUGCGAUAGUAGGCCUCGUCACGAAGCGCGCCUGGCCCCCUAGGUCCAACCUGAAUAUUUUCCAAAAAAGGCACACAUCUGCAUACUCGAGUCAUCCUCGAUAAUAUAUUAUGGCGGACAUUACCGAUCCCUCCGCGACUGGCAUUGACCAACCUUCUCCUGGCGACGACCUGGCUGGCAAUGGUGUCGACUCACGCGGAACCAAGCGGCCAAGAGCCUCCAUGGCGGGCGAUGAUGAUGAUGACGAUGAUGAAAAGGGAGGGCGGGAGCGCAGAAAGAUCGAGAUCAAGUUCAUCCAAGACAAGUCCCGGCGUCACAUCACAUUCUCUAAGAGAAAGGCUGGUAUUAUGAAGAAGGCAUACGAGUUGUCGGUCCUUACUGGAACUCAAGUCUUGCUUCUCGUUGUUUCCGAGACCGGCCUGGUCUACACCUUCACCACCCCCAAGCUUCAACCUCUCGUCACCAAGGCAGAAGGCAAGAACCUGAUUCAGGCGUGCUUGAAUGCCCCAGAACCGUCUGGCAACGAAAAUGGUGUUGACGCCGGUGAUGAUGUCGCUUCUCCCGAUGACGUCCCUCAGAUGCCUCCAGCUGCUGCUGGUAUGCCUCGCCCUGCUGCUCAUGGUGGUUACAUGACCCAGGAACAACAACAACAAGCCUUGUACUACCAACAGCUGCAACAGCAGAAUCAGAGCGGGCAGUAUGCAGGCAUGCCACAAAUGCCACAGCAUCAACGCGCAUAAUGAACACGAAACUCUCUCCACAUAAUGAUACCCUUUGAAGUGCGGAGGUUAGCGCUAAUGCAGCUUGCGACAUUCCAAUGGUGAUGGCGGGCUUUUUGAUUUGCAAGUGCUGUCUGGUGGCAAUCUUGCAGGCCUUCAUCUACUCAACUCCCGACUCCUGCUCAGGGUCGGCAUUUCUAACUUUCCACCUGCUGUGGCACUGAAUGCAUGACCAGAUCUGGGAUGCUUCGGUUGUCACCAUGGGUGGCAUCCAUUAUGCUCUUCUGCUCUUUGUGUGGUUCGUCCUGUUUGACGUCUGGGCGGGGGAUAAAGUGGGCAAAGACGAAGACGAAGACGAAAGAACAAAGUCUGUGGGAACCAUGACCAUAUCAUACUCUAGGGCGAUGAAAAUGCCAGAAAGGAAAAACCCAGAUUCAUACGAGCACUUCAGUCUCUAUUCCAACUUGUUUUGAGGGAUAUUAAUAAGACGUUGUUUCUUUGUGUUGACAUGAGCCUGGUUCUCGUAGUAGUCGACUGCGAUUGCGCUCAAAGUCUAGACCUUGGUCUGGGACACAUGCGUGCGACCUUCUUUUGCAAGGAUAAGAUUCUUUGGAGAUGCCAGCCCGCUUUCCCUGAACAUUUUCUUCUUUGGCUUUCAGGUUGGUUGCUGCCAGCCAAGCAUAACUGCACCCGAGUACAAACUGCUUGUGGUCAGCGAAAGUGCACGAUCUCCCCGGCUUUUCUGAUGGUUUGCUCCUGGCAAGAGGUGCUUCGAGCUUCAGGUUGUGAAGCCGCCUAUAUGUUCCUGGCAGCAAUGGUGGACGUACUGUACAGUAGCUACCGGGUCCGAUACUGACAAAACUUGCAUUCAGGUAAGUAGUAUUAGUUAUAGUUAUACUUUGCAGACGA